AUGCUACCCAUAUAUUGGUAUUGUUUUCUUCAGGUAUUGUCUUCGCAGAGAGAGAAGUUCAAAGAGCUUAUGGCUCUGAACAGUAGCCUGUUAGUAUCCGAAUCAGCUGAAGGCAUUGUCAAGAAAGAAACCCUCAAAGAGAUUAGUAUGCAGCUUCUAGAAAGUCAACGUGCUCUACGCGACUCGCAAGGAAAUGAAGUGUCAUCCGGUGGCAAUCACUGUGGACGUCAUUAUACUCUUUCUUAUCACUGCCCAAUAGGGAGAAUUACGGAUGAAAUGGAAGUAGAUUAUGGCUCAAUGGGGUCAUUGCUGAGGUGUGGCUGGAGACAGACGUACUUCGCUUCCCAGCUGAAGAAGUAA